AUGGGAGGCAAGUGCCCACACAGAAGCGUCAAGAAAAGGAGAUACUCUCACAAGACUCACCGACGCGCCAAAUUCCUCGUCAAUGAUAUCCUUUUUCUGAAUAAGGCAGAUGAGCAGACGAAGCCAUUGCCUCCUGAUCAAGAUCUCCCUGGGAUGGGUCAAUUCUACUGUCUUCACUGCGACCGAUACUUCAAUAAUGCAGCGGUGAGGGAUGACCAUUUCAAGACAAAGCGUCACAGGAGGCGUGUAAAGCUGCUGAUGGAAGCACCACACACCCAGCUGGAUGCUGAUUUAGCUGCUGGGAUGGGUAUGCCCGAUAAUGGUCCCAAGCUUAUGUCUUUCUGA